CCCCUUGCUUUUUUAGUGUCGCUGUCCCCUUUAAACCAACGCAGGGCCCCUCCUUUUCCAUGGCGGGAACUUUUCAAACUCAUUUUGCGGGGGAACCCCAACCCUAAUUUCCCCCUUAUAGCCACGCCCUCCUCCCCUCUUCUCUCUGCAAUUCCCCCUCCUCUCUCUCUCUCUCUCUCUCUGUGUCUCUUGAUAUUUCUUUGCAACUCUCUCUUUUAACCCUAGUACCAAUCGAGACAUCCCUUCUGCCAGGUUUAGAUCAAAGGAAUUUGAAGUUUCAGGCCAAUUUCAGGCUAGAAAUUUCUGGAUCGAUUCUACCUUUAUACCCUAAAGCUUAGUUUUUAGGAUUCGGUGAAGUGGAGAUUCGUGAUUGCAGGCCAAGCGUUUGCUCAAAUUUCUUAUAUAGGGAGAAAGAGGUGAUCUUGAUAUUGAUCCGUUUGUUGCGUUUCUUCUCUGAUUACAGAGAUGUAUGUGGUUAAGAGAGAUGGGAGGCAAGAGGCUGUCCACUUUGACAAGAUCACUGCGAGGUUGAAGAAGCUGAGCUAUGGCUUGAGCACUGAGCAUUGUGAGCCUGUGCUUGUGGCUCAGAAGGUUUGCGCUGGUGUUUAUAAGGGGGUAACAACAAGCCAGCUUGAUGAGCUCGCUGCGGAAACUGCUGCUGCCAUGACUGCAUGUCAUCCUGAUUAUGCAUCACUUGCUGCAAGGAUCGUUAUUUCAAACCUACACAAGAAUACCAAGAAAUCAUUUUCAGAGACGAUCAAAGAGAUGUACAACCACUUUAAUGCUAGAUCAGGACAGAAAGCUCCAUUGGUUGCUGAUGAUGUUUAUGAAAUAAUCAUGAAGAAUGCUGCCCGACUGGAUAGUGAGAUUAUCUAUGAUCGGGACUUUGACUAUGAUUAUUUUGGGUUCAAAACUCUCGAGCGAUCUUAUCUUCUAAAAGUUCAAGGAAAGGUUGUUGAGAGGCCUCAACAUAUGUUGAUGAGAGUAGCUGUUGGCAUUCACAAGGAAGACAUUGAUUCUGCUCUAAGGACAUAUCAUUUGAUGUCUCAACGUUGGUUCACUCAUGCUUCUCCAACCUUGUUCAAUUCUGGGACACCUCGUCCCCAAUUAAGCAGCUGCUUUCUUGUGUGUAUGAAAGAAGAUAGCAUUGAGGGUAUAUAUGAUACCCUCAAGGAGUGUGCUGUUAUUAGCAAAUCAGCAGGAGGCAUUGGUGUUUCUGUCCAUAAUAUUCGAGCUACUAGUAGCUACAUUCGUGGUACAAAUGGCACAUCUAAUGGGAUAGUUCCAAUGCUACGAGUGUUCAAUGACACUGCUCGUUAUGUCGAUCAAGGGGGAGGCAAGAGGAAGGGUGCAUUUUCUGUCUACCUUGAACCAUGGCAUGCUGAUGUUUUUGAGUUUCUGGAUUUGAGGAAGAAUCAUGGGAAGGAAGAAAACAGGGCAAGGGAUCUCUUUUAUGCACUUUGGGUGCCUGAUCUCUUUAUGAGAAGGGUCCAGGAAAAUGGGGAAUGGUCCUUGUUUUGUCCCAAUGAAGCUACAGGUCUAGCUGAUUGUUGGGGCGAGGAAUUUGAAGAACUAUACACUAGAUAUGAACGCGAGGGGAAAGAAAGAAAGGUUGUGAAGGCACAAAAACUUUGGUUUGCAAUUUUGGAAUCUCAGAUAGAAACUGGAACACCAUACAUGCUUUUCAAGGAUAUGUGCAAUAGAAAAAGCAACCAACAAAAUUUGGGCACAAUCAAGUGUUCGAAUCUGUGUACUGAGGUUGUUGAAUAUACAAGUCCUACGGAAACUGCGGUGUGUAAUUUGGCAUCUAUUGCACUGCCAAGAUAUGUGAGGGAAAACGGGGUUCCCAUAGAGUCACAUCCUUCAAAGCUGGUUGGAAGCAGGGGAUCUAAGAACAAAUACUUUGAUUUUGAUAAGCUGGCAGAGGUUACUGCAAUAGUUACUGCUAAUCUCAACAAAAUCAUAGAUGUCAACUUUUACCCUGUUGAAACUGCGAAAACCUCAAAUUUGAGGCACAGGCCAAUUGGAAUAGGUGUGCAAGGUCUUGCAGACACUUUCAUACUGCUUGGUAUGCCAUUUGAUUCACCAGAGGCCCAGCAGCUGAAUAAAGAUAUUUUUGAAACCAUUUACUACCAUGCCUUGAAAGCGUCUUCUGAACUUGCUGUGAAAGAGGGCCCUUACGAGACAUAUUUUGGGAGUCCUGUGAGCAAGGGAAUACUUCAACUUGACAUGUGGGGUGUAAAUCCAUCCAACCGAUGGGAUUGGGCUGCUCUAAGGAACAUGAUUGCAAAGAAUGGAGUGAGAAACUCCCUUCUUGUUGCUCCAAUGCCCACGGCUUCUACUAGCCAGAUUCUUGGAAAUAACGAGUGUUUUGAACCUUACACCUCCAAUAUAUACAGUCGAAGAGUUCUUAGUGGUGAAUUUGUCGUGGUGAACAAGCAUCUUCUUCACGAUUUAACGGAGAUGGGUCUGUGGUCUCCUGCCCUAAAAAACAAAAUAAUUUAUGAGAAUGGUUCUGUCCAGAAAAUCCCUGAAGUGCCAGAUGAUCUCAAGGCCAUUUACAAGACUGUUUGGGAGAUAAAGCAAAGGACUUUGGUGGACAUGGCUGUUGAUCGUGGUUGCUAUAUUGAUCAGAGCCAGAGCUUGAACAUCCAUAUGGACCAGCCCAAUUUUGGGAAGCUCACUUCCUUGCACUUCUAUGCCUGGUCCAAGGGCCUGAAAACUGGAAUGUACUAUUUGCGUUCUCGUGCUGCCGCGGAUGCAAUCAAGUUCACUGUGGAUACCUCUCUUCUCAAGCAGGAAAGCCCCAAGCCUGCACGUGAUGAUGAUGAUGCGAAGAUGGCACAAAUGGUUUGUUCUUUGGAGAAUAUGGAAGAGUGCAUGGCCUGCGGAAGUUAAAAAGAGAUUUGGAUUCUAUUUCUCUCCUCAAAUAGUAUUUCUAAGUUUAAGGCCCUCCUCUUAAGGGAGAAUACUUUUCUCCCUCAGCAUCACUUGGAAAUUUGUGACUCAUAACAUGUGCAGAGGUUGCCUCUAGUUUAGUCUGUGGCCUAUUUUGUUUAAUGAAAUGUGUGAUUGAUAUAUUUCUUUAACUUGUGGGUUUAAUGCACUUAAAUUUUGUAUAUUCUAGACAAUAAUUUGAAAGUGAAGUCUUUGCUUACAAGUGGAGAGCCCACUUGCACCUGUUGGCUA